AUGGCUCUAGAAUCAAUGGCAGAGCGUUUGCCUCGAGACGAAGAUUUCAAUUUCGAGUCCUCUCAGCCGGUACGUCCCAAUAUGGCUAUGACCUGGGUGGGCAUUCUAGACUCCCUCUGUCACCUUCUAGGUUGCAUUCUCUUCUUUUCAAGAGAGUAACCACUUCGAAAUAAAUUUCUGUCUGUUAUGUUAUCCUUUAAAUGCUCAAACGAUGCUGCCAGCAAACGCCCCGGUUGCCUGCAUACGCAAGAGGGCGUUUGGCGAUCUGGUGUCGUCAGUGGAUACAUUCAGAGACCCAAUAUGGCGUCGAAUUAAAUGUAAUUGAAUAGGGCACGCGAGGUUCAGUUCAGUUCAGUUCAGUUUAUUGAGGGAAAUAGGCGUAAGCCUUUUGAGUACCCUGUUUGCAACGUAAAAAAUGUGUGGUAUACAGAUAAAUGUUCUGGGCUGAAAUAGUUCAAACACGCCCAUAAUUGUAGAACAAAAUGAGAACGGGUUACGGGGGGUGAGCUCUACUUCUCAUCGCUCUUGGUCAUUUUGGAACAUAAAUAUGUCAAGAUUCUUUUUAAAACUUUGUAUGGAUGGUGACAUCACAACAUCUGCGGGAAGGGCAUUCCAUGGUUUGACCACUCGAACAGAGAAGGAGAACUUCCGUACAUCCAACCUUGCAUGCUGAGUGCGCAGUUUUAAUGGGUGACCUCGGAGGUUGGUCAUGGUAGCAAAUUCAAAGAAGUCCUCGAAGGCCAGACUGCAAUCCAACCCCUUACCAAUGCAGAAGGCUUGCAAGAGAUCCCCGCGAAGUUGCCUGUUGGGGUGCUGGCACAUUUUGCGGGGAUCUGGGACUGAAGUGUGCGAGGUUUCGGCAAAAGCUAAGUACAUGCGCGGGGGAAGGAAGUGCUAACUGUUGUUUAACAAAUUCAACAGCGUUUCAACGUUCUUUCUUUACUGGCAGACGUAUGCAUGCCAUCGAACGAUAUUUCGAGUAUUUUUGUUUACUACCUGACUGCUUUCCGUGUUGAUUAUUUCGAUGAGCUUUUCUUUUACCAAGGAAUUAUGUGUGGGGGUACAAAACGAUGAACCAGUGCUGUAGGUCAGCGAAAGUCAUCCUGCCGAUGAAGAGCCGAUCAAAAACUCUACCGGCCAGCAUUUGUUUUCAAAAAUAUUGUAAGCGGUUCUACAUAGUUCUUCCUUGUCCCGCGCAUAUACGUAGCUCUUACCGACUUUUCCUACAAGAAUAGCAUAAAUCCCCCCAAAACAUACUUUGCAGACAAGAUCGUGUAGGCAGGCUGCGCAGUGCUAUUCUCACCGAAUCAGCGCUAGUUGGUCCACCUCUUAGCGUUGAGCCUGUGUCACAUGUUGGCCCGAUGUCGAGCUCCGUCCUCUUCAAAAAAAUUGUACAAAAUGUUCAUGCAUGUAUUCUUUCGGCUUCAUGUGCCCUAAGUCUCCUUUUUCGCCUCCAGACAGUUCGAUCAUUGCCAAGGACGACACCUGGAAUAGCCAAUAUUAGUCACCUGAAACUCCUAAGAUGCUCUCGCCACCUUUGGCCCAUAGCCGAUCUCGCAGAUGACGCAGGGAUGUGUCCUUCCACGUACAUGAAGCUCUCAAGAGUUUCGGACUUCCUCUCAACAACCCACUAGCAGUUCGACCGUAGUUGCCGACGACGUCCACCGUGUGCUCCGCAGCAAGAUGGAGCAGGCACGGUGGCCUGCGCGUUAAUUAGUUUAAAUGAGAGUAGACUUGUGCCGCAUCUACCGCACCCACCUCUCCUCCUCACCUGAGCCUCGUGUCAAGACACAGUCAAGAAGACCGGAAGUGGGAGAGGUUCGGGUGGUUGGCACAGCCCGACCCGUACCUAGGUGUACCACCACCAUACCUGGUCCACGACAAUCACUUGACCAGGAUUUUAACCAACGACAGCACAACAACGGGUCACCAAGACGGGGAUGAUUAGAAAACCGUGCACAGGACCUGUAUACCCAGGGGGAGGACAAGCGCAUAUAUUGGCAGGAAAAUGGGUGUCUGAGCACACUAGGUUGCGAGGGCCAUGGUUUGCUGAUCCUAGCAUAACGGUCGCUGACAAACCUCUAGGCCUCACAAAAACCCACUAGCAACUUAAUGCCCCUACUUCACCGAUGCUUUGCAAACACGGCAACCCAAAUUCAACUCGAAUGAGGGAAUGGCGGUGAACUGAGGUAGCAAGCAAAAAUCAGCUCAGGACUGGAAUUCACCCUAGUAGCAUUUUGCGACAACUCGGAUCCAUUGUUGUUGGGAACAGAGAUGGUAAGGUCAGGAGUUCGGACGCCCCUUCUUCUGAAUUGUCGACUGCCCUAUAAUCACUUGAUAUGCAAGGCAUUUCGACCAUCCUACCAGCAUCCGCUUACUUUUCCGUGGGUCGUAGCUGUCGCAGUGAACGGUCGGGUUGUUGUCUGUGCUGAUAAACAAUCAACUUAACUUGGGUUUUGUGAGGGCGAUUCGGGGGUAUGCGGUGGGUGGCUAGGCCCAUGGUGGAUUUGGAGUAACCAGCUCUGCUUCUCUCUCACUCGUCCGGCGUCCGUCCCAGCGUAACGCCACUGUUCUCGCGUACGUACCCCCCCCCCUUCGCAUCAAUUUAUCUACAUUCACUGAGCGCAGAGAAAUGCGUGGUUUUCCGUACACGGAAAAUAUACAGCUUGUAGUUUUGAAACUCUGAAUGCAAAUGUAACAGCGGGUCGGGUUCAAAAUGAUUCGGGGAUUAGAAAAGUUUUUUAAAACCGAAUUAUACUCCUUUUUUGAGUAUGAAAUUGGAAGAAGACGUGAUUUUCUACCGAAUAAGUAAAAGAAUGAAUAUUUUAUGCAUGUUUUCACUGAAAUAUAAUUGAAUUUUCAAAGGCAUCGAAAAUCAAUGAAAAAAUUGCAUACUAAUGAAGUAGUCAUUUUUUGGAGAGUAUAGAUCUUGCAUGCAGCCGAAAAUAAGUACUUUCGAAAGCCGACAUCCUGAGGUACCUGGAUCAUUAUAGAUUUAUGCUGCAUCAUGAUUAGUUUUACAACACUACUUAAUUUAUCUUUUCGAAACGAGAACGCAUUUCGAAAUUUUGGUUGACAUUUCAUGAGUUAGCACAUCUACUGUAUGUUGCAGAGACGGUCCCGUUGCCAUGAGUCGUACCAUCAUCUCGUCGUGCAGCUGACGAAUCCUGUGUGCGAUUUGUUCGGAACAGCCGAAUUUCUGCGUGAUUUUGCAUUGCCCAUUAUGAUACACCUUAUCAAAGGUAAUGUAAAGGUUGGUCCGCAUUUCCUGGCGUUUUUCUUGCAGUGGUCGGCGAAGACAAAGUCGGUGGUUCCGUGGUGACAUCGGAAUCCACACUAGUUUUCUCGCGAAAGUCCAUGCUCGAGAUAGUCGUUGAGACAACUGAGGAGGCUGUGGGCGAAGAUCUUCCCGGUGAUGUUGAGUAGCGAGAUGCUUCUGUGGUUAUCACAGAAUUGCCGGUUCCUUUUCCGCACUCAUCUUUGGAAUCCUGAUGAAAUUUUCCUUGGCGCCGCAUCUCCUGGAAUAGCGUUGUAAGUCUGUCCAUUAGCCGGGGGCCACAGUGCUUGUAAACGUCGGCCGGGAUCGCGUCGAAUCCCCAUACAUUCUCGCUAGAGAUCUGUUGACGGUUCUGAUUCUUUCUGGGAGGGAAGAUGAGAGGUUCGGGCGGUCGUUUGUUUCCAUUUGAGGGAGUCAGUCGAUAACGGCGUCGGAGACUGUAGAUGCGCGACUGAGGACAUUUCUGAAGUGCUCGAUCCAGCGCUACAGAAUCUGGGAUUUUUCCGUCAGAAAUAUUGUUCUAUGGGACCUGAUAAGCAGCGCGGUUUCUUUGGUUGUGGAACCGUGGACAGCCUUGAUUGAUGCAAAGGGGUUCUCUGUUUCACUGCGGUCAGCAUACACCGUGGCCAUGUGACUCACCCAGGCGUCCGGAAUCACCCAAAGUCGUUGCUACACAAGGCGUGACCAGUGUGGAAGGACGCUUUAUUUGAGUUCGUCCGGCGGUCUAUGUGCAGUUCUCGCGUAGUCCAGCGGCAGCCGGCGCCGCAUCCGGGUCUCUUUCUUUAGCGAGGAGGCAAUUUUAUGCAAAGGUUCUCAGAAGGAGGCUGUUUUCAUCGCAGCCGUCGAUGCCAUGGGGACCCAGCACUCUCCUCCAGACAGCGGGAUUUGUGCCGACGCGAACUUUAAAAUCACCAAGGCUAAUAAGCGCCAGGAGGGCGUGCAGGCCUUCGGUGAACUUGGGCUUCACCUCGUUGGUGCUGGCCAUUGGGAGGCGGGGAAUGGGGUAGACACCGAUGAUGUUUACAAAUUUGCCUCACCGAAGAGGCAGGCAAAGUCUCCUCAGACGAUCGUUGAUGCUCUGCGGCAGGCAGGGCAGUCGUCCGACGAUGUCCUUCCGGAGUCGCGUCCUUCUGUCUUUGGGUGGCCGCACCAGAAUAAGGUGUAG